AUUUAAAGCACGGACCGCUGUUCAGUCCAUCCGCCGUUGAAAACAAUCGUAGCUGCUCCGGUGGCUAACGCUGUGAGCUAACUGUGAGCUAACUGUGAGGCAGGCAGCGACCAUGGAGACCAUCCUGGAACAGCAGCGGCGAUACCACGAGGAGAAGGAGCGGCUGAUGGACGCCAAAACUAAAGAAAUGUUACAUAAAAAGUCCACGCUGCGGGAGCAAAUUAACUCCGAUCAUCGCAUUAGAGCCAUGCUGGAUAGGUACAUGGAGGUCAGCGCCAACCUGAGAGACUCCUAUGAGGACAAAGACGGGAUGCGGAGAGACGAGCUGGCCGCCAUUUCUGGACCAAACGAGUUUGCAGAGUUCUACAACCGACUGAAGCACAUCAAGGAGUUCCACCGCAAGCAUCCCAACGAGAUUUCCAUCCCCAUGUCUGCAGAGUUUGAGGAGCUGAUGAAGGCCAGAGACAACCCCAGCGAGGAGGCGCAGAACAUGGUGGACUUCACUGAUGAGGAGGGAUACGGCCGCUACCUGGACCUCCACGACUGCUACCUGAAGUACAUCAACCUGAAGGGGAUGGAGAAACUGGACUACAUCAGCUACCUGUCCUCCUUCGACCAGCUCUUCGACAUCCCCAAGGACCGCAAGAACGCAGAGUACAAGAAGUACCUGGAGAUGCUGCUGGAGUACCUGCAGGACUACACGGACCGGGUCAAACCUCUGCUGGACCAGAACGAGCUCUAUGGGAAAGUUCUGCUGGACUUUGAGAAGAAGUGGGAGAACGGGACGUUCCCAGGCUGGCCGAAAGAGACCAGCAGCGCUCUGACCCAUGCUGGAGCUCACCUGGACCUGUCUGCGUUCUCCUCCUGGGAGGAGCUGGCCUCUCUGGGUCUGGACCGGCUGAAGUCUGCUCUGAUGGCUCUGGGUCUGAAAUGUGGAGGGACUCUGGAGGAGAGAGCUCAGAGGCUGUUCAGCACCAAGGGCCGGUCCCUGGAGGCCCUGGACCAGGCUCUGUUCGCCAAGAACCCCAAAGCCAAAGGGCCCAAAAAAGACACGGAGCGGAACAGAGAGACGGCCUUCCUGGAGGCUCAGGUCUACGAGUACGUGGAGGUUCUGGGGGAACAAAGGCAGCUAACCCAUGAGAACGUGCAGAGGAAGCAGGCCAGGACGGGGGAGGAGCGUGAGGAGGAGGAGGAGGAGCAGCUGAGUGAGAGCGAGAGUGAAGAUGAAGACAACGAGAUCAUCUACAACCCAAAGAACCUGCCGCUGGGCUGGGAUGGCAAGCCCAUCCCCUACUGGCUCUACAAGCUCCACGGCCUCAACAUCAACUACAACUGUGAGAUCUGUGGGAACUACACCUACCGAGGACCCAAGGCCUUCCAGAGACACUUCGCGGAGUGGCGCCACGCACACGGGAUGCGCUGUCUGGGAAUCCCCAACACGGCUCACUUUGCUAACGUCACGCAGAUAGAGGACGCCGUCUCCUUGUGGGCCAAGCUGAAGUCCCAGAAGGCGUUGGAGCGGUGGCAGCCAGACACCGAGGAGGAGUAUGAGGACUCCAUUGGAAAUGUGGUCAACAAGAAGACGUAUGAGGACCUGAAGAGACAGGGGCUGCUGUAGGACCCGGUUCUUCUCUAUGUGUUUUGGUUCUAUUCCUGAUGUUUGGCUGGAAGAAGAACUCCUCUUCCUCCUCCUCCUCUUCCUCCUCCUCUUCCUCCUCUUUUAUAGUUUGUAAAAUGAUUGAAAUAAAUUGAGGACUUUAGUCUC